AUGAAAGUGCUAUGUGUUGCAGAGAAGAAUUCUAUAGCGAAAGCAGUUUCACAGAUCUUAGGAGGAGGCAGAUCAACUUCAAGGGAUUCUGGCUACAUGUACGUGAAGAACUACGACUUCAUGUUUAGUGGGUUCCCUUUUGCCAGGAACGGAGCUAACUGCGAGGUUACCAUGACCAGUGUUGCGGGGCACCUAACAGGCAUUGACUUCAGUCAUGAUUCACAUGGGUGGGGGAAGUGCGCCAUCCAAGAGUUAUUUGAUGCGCCACUGAACGAGAUUAUGAAUAACAACCAAAAGAAGAUAGCAAGCAACAUCAAGCGAGAAGCUAAGAACGCAGACUAUCUGAUGAUAUGGACGGAUUGCGACCGAGAAGGAGAGUACAUAGGUUGGGAGAUAUGGCAGGAGGCCAAGAGAGCCAACAGGCGCAUACAAGAUGAUCAAGUGUACCGGGCGGUAUUUUCCCAUCUGGAAAGGCAACAUAUAUUAAACGCAGCACGAAACCCAAGUCGAUUGGACAUGAAGAGCGUGCAUGCUGUAGGGACAAGGAUUGAAAUUGAUCUUCGAGCAGGCGUUACGUUUACGAGACUCUUAACAGAAACACUGCGAAAUAAACUAAGAAACCAAGUCGCCACGAGUAAGGAUGGCGGAAAAAGCCGCGGUGCUAACAAGAACGACUCACAAGUCGUAUCCUAUGGUACAUGCCAGUUUCCAACGCUCGGAUUUGUAGUAGACAGGUUUGAAAGAAUACGAAAUUUUGUCCCCGAGGAAUUCUGGUAUAUCCAAUUAGUAGUGGACAACAAAGACAAUGGCGGAAGUACAACAUUCCAGUGGGACAGAGGCCACUUGUUUGACCGGCUAAGCGUGUUGACGUUCUACGAGACAUGCAUCGAAACCGCCGGCAACGUUGCCCAAGUAGUAGACUUAAAAUCAAAGCCAACAACGAAGUACAGACCAUUACCUCUGACCACAGUAGAGCUACAAAAAAACUGUGCGCGGUACCUGCGUCUCAACGCCAAACAAUCACUAGACGCAGCCGAAAAGCUAUAUCAAAAAGGAUUCAUAUCGUAUCCCAGAACGGAGACUGAUACUUUCCCACGCGCAAUGGACUUGAAAUCCCUAGUGGAGAAGCAAGCUCAAUUGGAUCAAUCCUCCGCAGGCGGCAAAACCGCUUGGGCGUCGUACGCGGCAUCGCUGCUGCAACCUGAAAACACAAGCAACAACAACAAAUUCAAGCUUCCACGAAGCGGGUCCCAUGACGACAAAGCGCAUCCCCCAAUCCACCCCAUCGUAAGUCUAGGACCUGAAGCAAAUGUUUCGCCCGUGGAAAGAAGAGUAUACGAGUACGUGGCCAGACACUUUUUAGCAUGCUGCUCAGAGGAUGCUAAGGGCCAAUCGACGACCUUGGUCUUGGACUGGGCAGCUGAACGUUUCUCCGCCUCAGGACUCGUAGUCCUCGAGAGAAACUUCCUCGAUGUUUACCCUUGGGCCCGGUGGGAAACCACCAAGCAGUUACCGCGACUUGAAAUGAAUGCCCUUGUAGACAUCGCGAAGGCCGAAAUGAAGGCGGGCACUACGGCACCGCCUAAGCCGAUGACCGAGAGCGAGCUCAUCCUCCUCAUGGAUGCAAACGGCAUCGGCACUGACGCCACCAUUGCAGAACACAUAGACAAAAUUCAAGUGCGUAAUUACGUCAGGAGCGAAAAGGUAGGCAAGGAAACCUACUUACAGCCCACGACCCUGGGUGUCUCACUGGUACACGGCUUCGAGGCCAUCGGCCUCGAAGACUCCUUUGCAAAGCCGUUCCAGCGUAGAGAAAUGGAGCAAGAUCUCAAAAAAAUUUGCGAAGGUCACGCCUCCAAGACUGAUGUUGUAAAGGACAUAGUCGAAAAGUAUAGGAAAUACUGGCACAAGACGAAUGGCUGCAAGAAUACCCUCUUGCAGGUUUAUGACCGUGUUAAGGCAUCUAUGUGA